AUCCGCCACCCAACCAACACGGCAUCGGCUGCAUCACAAUAGCAACUCCAGGUUUUAAAAGGUCCCUCUGUGCCCCCCCGGGGUGCUGCAGGUGCUGAGAUGCUGUUGAGUCGCUGAGGGAUGAACUGAGGGAGCGAAGGGUCCCAGCCCAUGCAAGGACAUGGAAGGGUUUUUGCUUGCCAAUGGCUACCAGCUCGGCAGGACCAUUGGGGAGGGGAUGUACUCCAAAGUGAAGGAGGCUUUCUCCCAAAAGCACCAGAAGAAAGUGGCAAUUAAAAUAAUUAAUAAGAACGAAGGCCCAGAAGAGUUUAUUCACAGAUUCCUGCCCCGGGAGCUCCAGAUCAUCACGGGUUUGAACCACAAGAACAUCAUCCGCGUGCACGAGAUGCUGGAAUCCACAGAGGGGAAGAUCUGCCUCGUGAUGGAGCUGGCGGAGGACGGGGACAUCUUUGACUACGUGCUCCGCGAAGGUCCCUUGCCCGAGCCCCGUGCCAGGACUCUCUUCUGCCAGCUGGUAGAGGCCAUCCAGUACUGCCACAACUGCGGGGUGGCCCAUCGCGACCUCAAGUGCGAGAACGCCCUGCUGCAGGGCCACACCUUGAAGCUGACGGAUUUUGGCUUCGCCAAGCUGCUCCCCAGGGACGGCAGGGAGCUGAGCUGGACCUUCUGCGGCAGCACAGCCUACGCGGCCCCCGAGGUGCUGCAAGGUGUGCCCCACGACAGCCGCAAAGGCGAUGUCUGGAGCAUGGGUGUCAUCCUCUACGUCCUGCUCUGCGCCCGCCUGCCCUUCGACGACACCGACAUCCCCAACAUGCUGCACCAGCAGCAGAAAGGCGUCUCCGUGCCCAGACACCUAGAGAUCUCCAAGGAGUGCCAGAACCUCCUGAAAACGCUCCUAGAACCAGAUAUGACGCUGAGACCCUCCAUCGAGGGGGUCAGCAGACACCCGUGGCUGACUAACGCCUGAGAAGGACUCGCCCGGCUCUCCCCAAAUGGAACAGAUUGUUUCUAAAAUGACGAUAAAUUUGGAGGUCAGUGUUUCCCAUCUAUCUAGCCUCGCGGGUGGUGUGCCAGGCCUCCGGCUGACAGAGGCAAGGUCUGGUUCAUGCUAAGGCAUUUUUAUCGGCUCACUCAAAGCCCUCGGCCCUCAGCAGCAGGGAACAGGGCAGACACGUCCACUGAGCAGCCUGGGGCGGUGUGAAUCCACCUUCCCGAGU